GUUGCACUCUUGUUCCCCAGUAACCAAAAAGUUCCUUCAUUUCUUGUUAUUUCAGUGGCUUCUGUUGGUUUUGGUGGCUACAUCUCCUGGACCAGAUUUAGAAUUCAUGAUAAAUGGAUUCUGGAGUUGAUACACAGACUAAAAAUGGGGCAUUGGAUAGAUCGGCUGAUGUUGAGCUCAGGUUAAAUAACGAUGAUGCAAUUCUGGGGACUUCUGUUGGGGAGGUCUCUAUUAUUGGGCAAACCGAGCCAGUGGGUCAAAAUUCUGCAAGCAUGGAGGUUGAAUCAGAUGAACCCUAUGUCGGUCAGGAAUUUGAAUCGGAAGCAGCCGCACAUGCAUUUUAUAAUGCAUAUGCACUGAGAGUAGGUUUUAGAACACGCGUAAAUGAUCUAUCUCGCUCUAGGGUGGAUGGAUCUGUCAUUGCUCGAACACUGGUGUGUAAUAAAGAGGGUUACAGAGCGGCUGAUAAGCGUGAUAGGAAGAGUGUGAGACCUCGGCCCCCCACUAGGGUUGGUUGCAAGGCAAUGAUUUCAAUGAAGAAAAUGAGUAAUGGAAACUGGGUGGUUGCAAAGUUUGUCAAGGAGCACGCCCAUUCCCUCACUCCUGAAAAGAGUGAUAAUGGAUUGAAUGAUGAAUCUUCUGACGAACAGAUGAAAAUCAAAGAAUUGACUCAACAGCUGAUGGUUGAGCGAAAGAGGUCAGCUUCUUAUAGAAAAAUCAUUGACCUCUUAUUUAAUCAUAUUGAUGACCACACACAACAUCUCUCGCAAAAGAUCCUGCGUGUCAAUGACGUUCUUAGAGACAUUGCAUCCUCUGAAGGAAAAAGCCGUCAAAAUCUCUGCUAGUCUCUGACCGUUCCGUUUGAGAAUGUAUUGAAUUGUAAAAUAUGUAAAGGCAUCACAUUUGGUUUCUUGCUGGAUUGUUAUGUUACCUUCAAGACAGCACUAAACCCUCGCUGUAAUUCUCAAUAUAAGCAAUCAAAUGUAUGAGGAUUAGUCGUUGGCUUUGUUUAAAUGCCUUAAUGUAUUUAUUUCCUAUUCUUCAUUUAA